AUGGAGUUGUUUCGCGAUCCGGUAAUUGCAAAUGAUGGACAUGUCUAUGAACGAGUAGCAAUUACAAAAUGGAUUAAUGAACAUGGUACUAGUCCAUUUACUAGGCAGCCAUUGCAAGUGAGUGAAUUACAACCAGAUGAUUACUUGAGACAAUUGGCAGCGCGU